AGAUGCAAAAGAACAAAAAUUUACAGUAAUCCAAUUAGAUUUAAACGCUUCAGGCCCACAAUCGGGGAUUGGUUUCAGGGACAUAGCCCGAGACAGAGUUGAGUAUUGGAAAAGCCUCGUCACUAGUUUGUGGCGGUUUGACGGUGAUUUGGUCCCCGCGGUCCGCGCGACCUGAUACUUCACAACGCCGCGCCAGGCCUGACAGGAUCGUAUAUAUAUCGACGAGUCGUCCACGAGCCCCCUGAGCACAGUACUUCAUUCAUAGCUCGGAGAGUGAACAUUAAGGUCUAUCAUGGUGUCUGCUGGUAUGGUUGCCUUGGCAACCGUUUCAUCACUGCUGUCAUUGUCUCUGGUUGCAUUCAUUGUCGCUGUUGUUUUUUUCCACUACCGUCACUGGAAGUACAGUCAUAUCCCUGGACCAAAGAGACGGAGUUUUUUUCUGGGGAAUAUUCCAGACAUAAGGGAUUAUGUAGCCAGAGGCCGAUUAAUGGAGGAUGCUGUCAAAGAUUGGGCUGAUGAGUUUGGGCCAGUUUGCGUUGUUUGGUUAUUACAUGUAAGCAUGGUGUAUUUCCAUGACGUCCGUGUCAUUAAGGAAAUCCUCGUGCUGGAGAAUCUCAAGUAUCGUAAAGGAUGGAAUUAUGAUGGCAUUGCGUCCAUCUUUGGCGCACGGUUUCUGGGCCGAGGUCUGGUGACAGAGACAAAUCAUGAAUUGUGGCUCAAGAGACGGGAAAUUUUCAACCCAGCUUUUAGCCGAAACUACUUGAAGACGUGCAUCAGUCAAUUCAAUUCUAGUUCUGAUUUAUUGGUGGGUUACCUCAAGUCAAAAGCUGAUGGCAAGACAGGUGUUCGACUCAUUGAGGCACUGAACAAGGCCACUAUAGAUAUCAUUGCCAAGGUUGCAUUUGGAUCAGACUUCCACCAAUUUGAUGCAGAGAAGAUCACUUCAUUCAACAAGGAAUUUGACUUGGCCCUCAAUGCGCUGACUCAGCAGUUUGAGAAUCCCUGGACCUGGUGCAACCCCUCAAGAUCAGCACGGGACUAUCGCGCCACGGUCCGCCAGGCCAUCCAGAAGUUAAGAGAGACCGGAAGGAUGAUCAUCCAGAAGCAGAUGAAAGCCUUAGGGAGAGGGGAAGAGCUCAGCAACAACAUCCUGUCCUUCAUCCUUCAAGCCUGCCAGCAUUCGGCGACAGGAGGAUUGGACAUGGAAGAAAUGGUGGAUGAGUUCACCACCUUCUUCCUGGCUGGCAACGAGACAACUGCUAAUCUUUUGUCAUCCACCAUGUUACAACUGUGCCAGCAUCCUGAGGUCAUGUACAGGCUGAAGACAGAAGUAGAUGCCGUAGUUUCCGACAAGGAAUACAUCCCAUAUGAGGAUCUGUCCAAGUUGGAAUACACAGUAGCUGUUCUAAAGGAAACUCUGAGGUUGUGUCCCCCAGCCACCGGGACGUCCAGGAUUUCCACUGAAGACGUGGUGAUUGACGGGGUGAAGAUACCUGCCGGGUCAUUAGUGGCUGUGUCCUUUUACUCCAUAAGCCGAAACGAGCAGAACUGGACCAAUGCCCUGGAGUUUUCCCCCGACCGUUUCCUUGCUGGAAAUGAAAGCUCCUCGGGUGCCUUGAUGCCAUUUUCCAUUGGUCCCAGAAAUUGCAUCGGCCAACAGUUUGCAAUGAUUGAAGCUCGUAUCCUGUUGGCCAAGCUCCUGCAGAACUUCAGUUUCAGCCUGGUUCCGGGACAGAACCUGGGGUACGUCGUAGACACCACUCUGAAACCAAAGGACGGAUGCCAGGUCUUCAUAACGCCAGUGGACGAGAGUGUGCAUCAACCCACCGGCAGCCAGUAAGACUGAGAAGGAUCAAGGCAUGUCCCCACCUUGAAGGUUAAACUGACAUCACACAAGACUCUUUUUUAGUGUUUACAUUACGAGUUGGGUCAGUGACACAUAUUGCCCCACCCUUUAGUGGAUGGGGGAAGCGUAAAAGACCUGAUCCCUUACACGUGCCAUACACGUGUUCUAAAUGUUACAGCAACUAUGAUUUCUGUUGCGAGUAUUAAAGUUUAGGUUAAGCAAACACCUUGGCAAUAGGUGUCAUGGAACCAUUCAAACAAUUUAUCUAUGAGCAGGCCACAAUGCCCAUUAUAACACAUCUCUUGCUGGUUCUUUAUCCUGGUUGGCUGAAAUACGGUCACAUGUAGUUCACUCAUAUGAGCUCGAUUGCAGAAUACUCCACCACCCCGCAUGAUCAACCUCAUAGCCAGGUACAGGUCAAAGUGUCAUACUCUUCUCAAGGGAUUUUCACCAAGUUGUACCC